GAGCACUGCCCCAUGGCCUGGGACGGGAUCAUGUGUUGGCCCACCACGCUGCCUGGAGUGCUCAGGUCAUUGCCAUGUCCUGGCUAUAUCGUCGGCUUCAACCCCACUAUGAUGGCGUUCAAGCAGUGUACCGCUGAAGGAGAGUGGUUCGUGAGGUCCACAACCAAUAAAACCUGGACCAACUACUCACAAUGCUACAGCAGUAGUACAACAAACAUAGUGGUACAAUACCCGGAGAUAGAAAACUCUUCUUUAAUAGCUCAAUAUGUUCCUAUAGUGAAGGCGGUGUCACAUGUUGGCUACGGCGUGUCGCUGGCCACAUUGAUGGUAGCGUUCUGUAUAUUUGCAACUCUGAGGCGUUUAAGAUGUCCACGCAACAAGCUACACAUGCAUCUGUUCGUAUCGUUCAUGUUGAGAGCGUUCACUACACUCCUCAAAGACUCGCUGUUUGUGAAAGGGAUCGGGCUCCCAUCGGACUUCACUGUCAAAGACGGAGAAAGCUACUUAUUACAUAGCAACCAGUUUAGUUGGCAGUGCAAGAUGCUGGUUUGUCUCUGGCAAUACUUCAUCAUGGUCAACUACUCGUGGAUCCUAAUGGAAGGACUGUAUCUACACAACCUCAUAUUCGUCUCCGUGUUUUCCGACACAUCGUCCAUAGCUCUCUACGUCGCCUUGGGCUGGGGUCUACCGGUGUUAUUCGUGGGUCCCUGGGUGAUAGUAAGGGCUCUACUAGAGGACACGCUAUGUUGGACAACCAACGACAAUCCUUACUACUUCCAGCUGAUCAAAGGGCCCACCACAGCCUCUGUCUUGAUCAACUUCAUCCUGUUCCUCAACAUAGUACGAGUGUUGCUGUCCAAGCUACAGGCGUCUAUAUGUGAGGAGACGCGCAGAUACAGGUACAGACGGUGGGCCAAGUCCACCCUGGUGCUGGUGCCGUUGUUCGGAGUCCACUACGCCGUGUAUCUCACCACCUCCUACAUAGGGGUGGAGGGGAAGGUUGAGCUGGUGUGGCUCUUCAUAGACCAGGUCUUCGCCUCCUUCCAGGGGUUUUUCGUAGCGAUUCUCUACUGCCUCCUGAAUGGCGAGGUAAGGACAGAGCUGGCCAAGAAGUGGCGUAGAUUGCCGUCUUGGAGGUCUAGGACGGACCACCGCGCGUCGCUACCCCUCAACUCUCUGUCGCAACACGCGGUCAAACGUACUUGCCUGGGCAGUGUGUUCAGCCGCCGUCCACGCCGCUACAGGCCGCACGAGAAUGGCAACAAGCGCGGCAGUUCGGCAGACACGUGUAUGAGUACGUUGGUCUCAAGCGUCACAACGGACGUAAACACUACGACGUCGCUGGUGUCUCAACACAAGAAGUCAAUGGUCCCAGAUAGUGCAGAUUCCGGCUACAUGGAGAGCCAGCUGACGUAAAACGAAUAUUCAACAUUCGUAGAAAUAAUUAAACACUAAAAUAUUUACUGAAAAGAUGGUGUUUUGAAGAUCAAUUUGUGGAAAGAGUUCAAAGUACUUAGUUCGUAAACACUUAAGUACCCAAUUAAUUCGACCGAAAUGUUACCAAAAGAAAGAUGAAUGCUAAGGAAUGUGAGUCUCGUUGCAAGGAAGAAAAUACAUGUUUUGAGAUCUCAUGGUUCUUUACUAACAGUGUUUUAAUGUGAAGUGGUUUUGUACAAUAGACAUUAAUCUAUUUGGUUAGUUAUAAUUCAGUAUUUGCAUGCCAAAUGUCUAAGACAAAAUGCACUGCUUGUGAUGUUUUAGCACCUUGACUAUUAUAUAGUUUUUGUUUAAAUAACGUGAUAUAACGCUUAAGAAAGUUCUUUACAGUCAAUACACGUAUUGCUAAGAAAUUGUAUCUUAAUUUCUUAAACUGUAUUAUUCAAACCGUGCCCUAACCAUUUGGCUUGAAAUGAUCACCUAAUACAUUGGAAUAGUUAAUAAUAAUAGCAUAAUUGUCCAAAAGCUAUAAAAUAAUUACGAAAUAUUAUAUUACGUUACUAGUCCGGAAAAUAUGUGUUUACUGGACGAGUAUGAUCGUUCCCUCACGAGACGACAUUUUGGACGAGUGGCGUACGGUAUUUUCGCCAUAGUCUAAACCAACCUAACAGUAAAAUAAAAUUGUACAAAUCAGUUAUAUUUUCCCACCGACAAAAGGACUUUGUGAGAGGUUAUUCGUUGACUUAUUGCCGAUAAUUAUAAUCAGCUGGUGUCUAGUAAA